GCCAGCAGGGUAGUGCGCUCGGCGUGAGGCCAGCGCCCGCUCCGCUCCCUGCUGCUCCUCCUCCUCCUCCUCCUUCCCCCCCGGCCGGGCCCGCAGGGGACAGCGACCCUCGCCAGGCGGCUCCGUGCCGGCGGCAGCCCCCGCUGAGGUUACAUUGUCUGGCAGCACUAGAAAAAGGAAUGCGUUCCCUCCGUCUAGUAAGAGCUGAUGAUGGAUCUUCUGUGUCGUCGUUGGCUAAAUAGGUCCCAAAGUCGAUAUGGAAAAGAUAAGCAGCCUCUGAAGAUUGAAGGACCUGCUAAAGGGAACACCUGCUUUUGAGGUUGCAGAGGUGCUAAAACAUGGCUGACUUGGAUCACAAUCUCAGCCUCGCGGACGCUCUGACAGAGCCACCUCCUGAGAUUGAGGAAGAAGUGAAAAGGGACUUCAUUGCCACUCUGGAAGCAGAGAAGUUUGACGAUGUGGUUGGAGAAACAGUAAACAAAACAGACUAUGUUCCUCUGCUGGAUGAUGACGAUGCAAAAGCUGGGAGCCAGGAACCAAAAAGCAAAGCCCAUGCAGACAGCAUUCAGGUGGAACAUACUUCAGCUUCUGGGCCAACGGUUCUAGAAAACGGUGACCAUGGAAUAGAAGAUCACCGCCCAGUGUUCCCAGGAGAAAUCAUGGAUGAAAAGCUAUCCUAUAAAGAAUUUCUCGAUCGCAAUGACACCUGGGCGAUGGACGACAGAGACCUGUGCUUUGAAUCACAGCCGGUGUUCAAACCCAUGGAGAUGGCAGACCCCUUCAGCAUGCACCGAGGGGAGAACCUGCCUGAUUUGUCCUUUCCUGCUGACAUGAAGAAUGUGCAGCUCUUCACGGACCAUGUUGACACUUCCACAGACAUCCAUGCACCACAUGGAUCUAUGAUGGUACCUGAACAACCUUUCUUGGGAUCUCCCUAUUGUCCUGCAGAGGUUCUUGACCCAUCAGCCUUUAUGGGCCUGGACUCAGCUGCAGAAUUUCUGCAAGACAAUGCAGUGCCUGAAGAACAUUGGAUGGGAGCUCAGCAUGAUGUGAAGGGACCAGAUACCUCUUUCUUUGUUGAGCCAUCAGUGCCCCCCACAGUGACUGAAGCAAAAAAGCCAAAUUUGCCAGAAAGCCCGGCAGCAGUGACUCCUGAUUUUGUUCCUACUGCAAUAACAGCAUCCCCAGAAGGGGCUGAAGCCACUGAUGCAUCAAAAGGUGACAUAUCAGCAGAUGCAGAGUGUGUUCCUGCCUCAGAUGUCUCGUCCAUUUCUGCAGAAAAAGCGGGGUCUGUCCUUGCAGGAGACACCAAGCCUCCCCAAGCUGCAGAUGCUGGAUUUGCACCUGCAGCAGAAGCAGAGCCUUCUCAGGCUAUGGAUGUGGGGUUUGCUCCUGCCCCAGAAGCCAAGCCUCCUAAUGGUAUCGAUGCCACAUUCGCCCCAGUGGCGGAUGCUGGUUUGAACCCAGAAGCAGAUUCUAAGUCCCAUCACGCUGUGGAUCUGGAGUUUGCUCCAGCAGCAGACGCAGGGUUUGCCCCGGCAGCAGAUACGAAGUCUCACCAUGCUAUGGAUUUGGCAUUUAGCCCACUAGCAGACACCGAGUCUCAUCAUGCUGUGGAUUUUGAGUUUGCCCCUCCAGCAGAAGCUAACCACCUGCACGCUAUGGAUUCUGGCUUUGCUCCUGUCGCAGAAGCCAAGCCUUUUCCUGCUGUGGAUUCAGGUUUUGUCUCUGCACCAGAAGCUAAGUCUGUCCCUGCAGCUGACACCGAGGUUGCUGCAUCUGAAGAGCUGAUAACAUCUGAAUCUUCUGUUGAGCAUGGCAAGUCACCCUUCCACGAGCCUCCUGCAGAAGCAACUGCAAGCAUGGAACGAGAACUGAAAGGCCCAGAGGCUUGUGUUGAUCUUCCGUUAGAGAAAGCCAAAGACAGUAUUCCAUCUCCCGGCCACCAUGAAGAUCGUCUUCCAGAACAGACGAACCAUCUUCCUGAACCAGCAGUUCCAGUAGAAGCAAAAGAAGUUGUUGCACUAGAAAACAAAGACCUCCUUCCAGAAAAACCUGUUACUACUGUGGAUGUUACUGUUACAGAGAAACAAAAGGAGCAGGCUGAACACAACCAUAUCGAGCAUGCACAACCCCAGCAAGAAAAAGCUCUACAAGAACCUACAGGUCUACCUACUGCACAAAUAAGGCAAGCUAACAAAUCAAGUGACCGCAGGUUUGGCAGAGCAAAACCUGCAGCAGUGCCUAUUGCAGAUGUGCCAGAGGAACGUCUCAUAGGUCUGCCACAGCAGAAGAGCACUGACCCCAGAGUAGACCCCUGUUCGGUAGCGGAACCUGGAUCUGUUGCUGGAACAUCCCCUCGCACUAGGGUUUCACAUAAAAAGGCAACUGAGCAGCCGUCCGGUGUGCUGUCAGAGCUUGCGGAGAGCUGCAGAGAUGCACCCAGGGAGAGCUGGGAUUUGGAAGGUUCUCUGGCUAUUGUGAAGAAAAAGAAAAAGAAACCAAAACAAAAGAGAAACCAGCCGCCAAGAGCAAUGGAGUUCUGGGAUGAAAAUACAGCAGUCUCAAGAGCUCCUAAAAAUUCUCCAGUUGGUGGUGAAUUGCAAAAACCAGAUGUUGGCCCCAUAAUGCCCGCCGAAGUUCACAAAGAGCAGUCAGUUGCCUCAGGGAACAGAGCUUCAGAUAUGCCACAGGAUGCUAAAAUAAUAACUGGAAGUCCCAUCCUGGAUGAUCAAAAUGCCUUCUCAGUGCCAGCAGCAGGACAGAAAACCAGCAUGCCAUUUGAGCCAGCGGUGGCUGCAAAAAAUAGAGACUUCAUGCCAACAGAAGACGUGAGAAAUGACAGCUGGAUGUUGCACUCCAAAGGGAAGAGAAAACAGGUUCCCCUCAAGCAGGGACGCGAGACUAAGCCGGGGGAACCUCUUACAGCAAAGGUGCCAACCAAGCCCGUGGAAAGAAGUUUUCCUGGUAAAAAUGAGAAGGGGGAGUCUGAUGAGUCAGGAUGUGCUGGCCUGCAGGCAUCUCUUUCAGAAAUGAUCAAUGUAAGCAAAGUAGAAACUCCUUUAGAGAUCAAGCCUUCAGAAACCCUCCUUUCUGACAAGGAUAAGGAAGCUAAGUGCGUAUCUCCCAGGCAUGAAAUACCCAGCGACACUGUCCACCGUGAGCUUCAGACUUCCAGUGGGUCACUGGAAGAAGCAGCGAAGAAAGGAGGUAGUUGUGAAAAAAGCAAAGGGGUUGAAAACGAAUCCUUCAAAGAGCCUGCUCCUCCAGAGGCUGUGGCCCCAUCAAACCAACUUCCUGACAAGCCAAAGGCAGCUGAAGAAACCAAGCCAGUGUCCCCUGAUAAGCACACGGCAGUUGAUUUAAGUACUUCAGAGGGAACAUCGAAGACCCCAGCAGAUACUACUAAAAUGGCUGUUACACCAUUAGCUGUACAAAAACCCGAGGAAGUUAUUUCUCUGCAAAACAGGAAGGCUGACAGUUUUCCAGAGCAGCCGUUUCUUCUAGCAGCUAAGCCUGAUGCAGCCAAACAUCCUGCUUCUGCUGAAGCAGCAGACGGAGCUAGAGUAGCAGAUUCCCCUGAUAAAAACAAAGGGGACGGAUUUAUUGCGUUAGAGCAGCAGACUGGAAAAGAUCUCAAUAUUGCUCAUGGGAUGGACAGACCUAAAAAAAAGCGUGGUGAAGGGAAAGUCAAAAGAAUCAAAAGUUCCUCUGAGCAGGUAACUGUUUUGGAGGAUGUAGGCAAACCUGCUGAUGGAGUGAAGGCAGAUGAGACCAUAAAAGAAGCAACUUUCUCUGAUAAGGGCAGGGAGGCUGGUUUUCCUACAAGAGGACACCCAUCAGCAAAUGCACAUACUUACCCUGCAAAAACAGCAGACAAGCCAAAAAAAAGAGGUAGUGAUGGAAAAAGUAAAAAAGGUGAAAAAGGUUUUUUCCAGCAGCCUUUUCUUGAGAGUAAGAUGGACCUUGGUAGUCUUCCUGCCGUAAGUGAUAAAACUGAGGAAGUCGGUGAUAAAGGUGGCGAGAGAGGCUGUAGUGCUGGCUGUUUUCAGGAGAAUAUAUUGGAUGGAAAUGAAAUACAGAGGCCAGUUGAACUAAUAACAGAGGGGCCUAAAGAGAAUGUUGGAAAAAGUGAAGUGGCUGCUGUGGUUGCUUUAGACCAACCGUGCUUUCUGGAGGGUAGGGGAGAUGAGACAAAGCAUCUUGCUAUGGCUGACACGAUCAGCAAAACAAAGGAGGUAAAUGUGAUGGCUAAAAGCAAAGAGGCUGGACUUACUUCUCCAGGUGAAUUCGUUGUGACAGAUUCUGAUGCAAUGUUGGUGGCAGACAAACCUAGGAAGAGGUGUAGUGAUGGGAAAAGGAAAAAAAGUGAAAAAAGUUCUUUUGGGCAGUCAGCUGGCCUGGACACCAGGGUGGAAACAACCAAUGUUCCAACCAAAGAGAAGGUGGCAGGAAAAACAGAGGAAAUGACCUUUGGUAAAGAUAAGGCAUCUGAUUUGGAAAGAGAGGUUUUGCUGGAGAACCUGACAGGAGUAGCCAAAGAGGUGUUGGAAAAGCCUGAAACAAAGGGUGGUGAUAGGAGAUGUUCCUCUAACCAGCCAGUUCUUUCAGGUCAUAAAACAGAGGCAGCAGAGCCAGAAACAGCCAGCGCUAAAGAGACAUGGCCCGGUACUAAAGGUAAGGAAAUAGAUGUUAAAACAGCUGAGCUUCUGCCAGAGCACAGGGCAGAUGCAGCUACGGCAUGCGGUCCCGUCAGGGACCUGGUGACAGACAAGCCUAAGAAAAAAGGUAGAGAUACGAAAGGCAAAAAGGCUGAAAAUAGUCCUGAGCAGUCUGCCGCAGCGGGUCCGGGUAACAUCCCUGCAGUAGUCAAAGAGGUGGGAAAUACUAAACAAACUCAGUCUUCUGCUAAAGACAAAGAGAAUAAUAUCAGUACUUUAGUGAGUCUGCUAGAUGAGCCAUCUGAUACAAGUAAGGCACAAGCUCCUGCUGCACCUCUGGAGCCAGAAAAAUUGAGCACAAAUAAUAAAGAGAAAUGCAAAAAGGUGGAGGCUAGCUUGGAGCAGCCGUUUCUUUUGGAGCCCAAAGCAGGUGCAGAGGUGUUUCCUCCUUGUGACAAGGAGACAUCUGCCAAAUCUGAAGCAGAAGGUCCCACACCUUGUAGCACUGGGGUCGGACUUCCUAUUCUAGAGCACCCAGCAGUGGCAGAUCACAGCUCAGCCACAGCUACUGAUAGAUCUAAAAAGAGAGGUAGUGAUGGAAGAAGUAAAAAGUCUAAAAAUGCCCCUGAGCACCUUGCUUUUCUAGAGACAAAAUGAACAAGAGUGAAGUGCUGCCUCCCAUGGGACCUGAGAUGGAAUAUGGAAUGGAAGAAAUGGAUUUUGUAGAUGAAAACAGAAAUAUUAAAGGUUUUCCCAUCAGCCCUCAAAUGCUUUGGAAUAAUAAAGGAAACUACCCUGAAUCCUUUGCUCAGGCUGCAGUAAGGGGCCCUGAUGACACUGGCAAUGUUUCUUCUGGCUUCCCAAAGCAUGCAGAGAGGGGUACAGGAGCUGAGGAGCUUCCUUCUCCUGAGAUGACAGCAGAGAAGAGCAGCAAAUCGCCUGGACCUAGUGCUAAGGAGGGGAUCCAGAUACAGAAAACUCCUGAGCAACCAGACAAUUUGAGACAUGAGGAUCCUGGAAAAGAGCUUUCAAAGAAAGAGAAUGAUAAAACUGAAGAGACUGCUUCCCAGGGUGGUGUUGAGGCAGGUAAACCACUUUCUCUGGAUCAUUCAGUUAAACAGGACAUUAAAUCAAAACAGGAUGAAGUUUACCUUUCUCCUGUGGCAAAGGUUGAUGAUAAAGAAAUAAGAACCACUGAUAAAAAGCAAAUCACUGACAGCACUUCCUCUGACCUUCCUCAGAAGGUGGCAGAUACAAAACACAGACCAGCUCCCCUAGGUGCCAAAGGGACAGAGAAACUAGAAGAAACUGUCUCUUUUGGAGAGAAGGACACGGCGAUACCAGAGAGCAAGGCAGAUGCAGCUACAUCACAGGUGGUGGAAGCACCGAUGGAGAAGAAAGCCGAAGAGGUUGGGUUGGAUGGAGGCAGGAAUAGCGAGCAGGGCUCGGCGAAGUGCCCAGGCAGUUUAGACAAGAAAGUAGCCGAAGCAGAGGCAGCUGGUGUAAAUCUAGCAGCCGCCCAAACAACCCGAGUCAGUCCUGAAGGUAACAGCGAAGCUCAUCCUCGCCCAGCAGAAGGGGAUGCUGCUCACCUGAAGGAUGGCCCAGCACUGAAGGCUGGGGGAGAUAAAGACACAAUUAAAGAAAAUGAAGAGGAGUCUGAACAAAAAGCUGGAAAGGAGGCAAAGAAAGAGAGAGUUAAAGCAACAGAACAGCUAAAAGGCUACAUGAGACCCACAAAGUCAAGAGGGGUGCCGACUCUGCCAGCCAGGUCUGCUGCUCAAGACCAGGAGAGACAAAGGCAGCUGAGAGCCACUGGUAUGAGCCGGC